AUGGCCCUGUUAGUCUUAGGGCUUGGGGGGCUGCUGCUGGUUGUGGGGUUCUGGUGGCUACUCAGUGCCUCUGGCCAGGCCCCCUCUCCAGCCCCACGAUGGCCCCCUGGACCCUGCCCACUGCCCAUCGUGGGGAACCUGAACUUGCUGCGGGUGUCCCAACAAGACCGGUGGCUGAUGGAGCUUUCAGAAUGCUACGGUCCAGUGUUCACUGUCCACCUGGGACUCCAGAAAACCGUAGUGCUGACGGGCUACGAGGCGGUGAAGGAGGCCCUGGUGGGAACUGGGCAGGACUUGGCUGACAGACCACCCAUUCCUAUCUUUCAGCUCAUCCAGCAAGGCGGGGGUAUCUUCUUCUCCUCUGGGGGGCGCUGGAGGGCAGCCCGGCAGUUCACUGUACGUGCGCUGCAUGGUCUGGGCGUGGGACAGGGGUCCAUGGCCGACAAGGUGCUGCAGGAGCUGGCGUGUCUCACGGAGCAGCUGGACAGCUAUGGAGGCCGGCCCUUUCCCCUGGCCCAGCUGGGCUGGGCGCCUUCCAACAUCACCUUCAUGCUCCUCUUUGGCCAGAGGUUCAAGUACCAGGACCCUAUGUUUGUGUCCCUGCUGGGUCUCAUUGAUGAGGUCAUGGUUCUCAUGGGUUCAGCCAGUGUACAGAUGUUUAACAUCUUCCCCUGGCUGGGUGCCCUGCUUCAGCUGCAUCGGCCCGUCCUGCGCAAGAUCAAGGAGGUGCAGGCCAUUCUAAAGAUCUUUCUGGAUGAGCGUCAGAGGGACUGGUGUGGCUCUGUGAAAAGCUACAUGGAUGCUCUGAUCCAGCAGGGCCAGGGGGAUGACCAGGAGGGCCUAUUUGAUGAGGCCAACGUCCUAGCCUGCAUGUUGGACAUGCUCAUGGCUGGCACAGAGACCACAUCGGCCACGCUGCAGUGGGCCAUGCUCCUGAUGGCCAAGCACCCGGGUGUGCAAGACCGAGUACAGGAGGAACUGGACCGUGUGCUGGGCCAUGGGCGGCCACCCCAGCCAGAGGACCAGCAGGUGCUGCCCUACACCUGCGCCGUGCUGCACGAGGCCCAGCGGUUCAUCACCCUUCUGCCCCAUGUAGCCCGCUGUACAUCCAGCUGCGUGAAGCUGUGUGGCUAUCUGCUCCCCAAGGGCACGCCCGUGAUCCCCUUACUGACCUCUGUGCUCCUGGACAAGACGCAGUGGGAGACACCAGGCCAGUUCAACCCAGGGCACUUCCUGGACUCGGAAGGACGCUUUGUGAAGCGGGCAGCCUUCCUGCCUUUCUCUACAGGGCGCCGAGUCUGCAUUGGAGAGAGCCUGGCCAAGAUGGAACUCUUCCAGCUGUUCGCAGGCCUGCUGCAGCGGUUCCAGCUGCUGCCCCCGCCAGGCAUCAGCCCUGAUGCUCUCAACACUGAGCCCACUCCAGCCUUCACCAUGAGGCCACCAGCCCAGGCCCUGCGAGUGCUGCCCCGGGCCAGGCCGAUCCAACAGGGGAAGCACUAGGGUACCCUCCUCCAUACCCUGGCUUUCCACAGCCCAGGAUACCCCUGAUGAGGUGGUGUGGUAGCCCCUUGCUUGGGGCCCCCACCUUGCCCACAGCCAGCACAGGCUGAGUAUUCCAAGGCCUCAAAUUGCUCCCAGGUUCC